UUCCUACUGAGGACCUGAAAAAUGUUCUGAAAAACAUGGGAAUAGAGAUCACAAAUAAGGAAUAUAAAAAGUUUCUGAAAACCCUGCCAGUUUCUGCUGAUAAAAAGGUGUUUGAGAAAGAAUUACUAGAGGGUGUGAAGUCCUUCAAAGGAGGAAGAGUCAAUGUUGGUAACAUAAAAAAUGUUCUACAAAGUAUUGGGUUCAGACAUGAAGAAAAAGAAAUCCAGGACCUGCAAACCCACCUACCAGUUAUUGAAGAUGAAAAGGUGGAGUUGGCUGUGUUGAUGGAAGCAGCCAGUGCCUUUACAGGAGAAAAGGCGGAAGCCAAUGACUUAAAAAAUGUACUGGGAAACAUGGGAAUUGAGAUCACUGAAACAGAGCAGUUGAUGCUGUCAAAAACUCUGCCAGUCUCUGGAGAUGGAAAGGUGUACAAGAAAAGAUUACUGAAUAGUGUGAAACUUCUCAAAGGAAGGAAAGUCAGUAUCAGUAACCUGGACCCCCUUAUAAAGAACAUGGGAAUUCAGCUUGAGAAAGCGGACCAUCAGGACUUACUGAAACACCUGCCGACUGAUAAGAAUAAAAUGGUGGAUUUGAAUGUGGUGAUGGACGACGCAAAAGCUUUUAUAGGAGAGAAGGUUAAUGUGGGUAAUCUGAACAAUGUGCUGAGGCAAAUGGGACUAGUACUGACUGAUGAGGAGAAUAAGGAGCUGUUGAAAACUCUGCCCAUUCAUGCUGAUGGAAGAGUAUAUAAGAAGAGAUUGCUAAAAGGUGUGAAAGCACUCAAUGGACCAAGGGUCAAACUCAAAAAAGUGAAAUCCCUUGUGGAAAACAUGGGAAUUAGACUCAAUGAUGAGGAACUUGAGGAAAUAAUGACUGAUGUGUCAACUGAUGAUGAUAGAACCGUUGGUCUGAAUGAUUUGAUGAAUGCUGUCAGUUGCAUAAAAGGAGAGGUGAUUGAUAUCCAGGACUUGGACACCUUUCUAGCCAGUGAAGGGAUCGAGCUCACAGAAGAUGAUAUGAAGGAGCUGAUGCCUCAUUUGACAGUUAAAGGAAAUGGGAAGGUCAGAGUGCCUUCAAUAAUGGCGAGCCUGAAGAAGUUUAAACCAAAAGGACUCGUGCCACUACACAAGAUGAUGAAAACUGAACACGAUGCUAAAGACAGAGUUAUUGGCCCCAUGGCAGUUUCUGAUAUUAAAUCAAAAGUUAAGCUGAAUCCUCUAACAAAAGUACCCAGUUCCCAUGGCAAGAGGGAUAAAGAUUUACCAGGAUCUCUCCCGUGCCAAUUACAGCACAAAGAAAGGAAGCUGAAUGCUUCACAAAUACAAGCCUUCCAAGAUGCCUACAACUUCUUUAACAAGGAUAAAACUGGCUGUAUUGAUUUACACGGAAUGAUGUGCACUCUAGCCAAGUUGGGAAUGAAUCUAACCAAGCAUGAUGUCUAUAAUGAAUUAAAAUGUGCUGAUAUUGAUAGGGAUGGAAAGGUGAAUUUCUCAGACUUCAUAAAGGUGUUAACAGAUAAGAACCGCUUUCUUAAAGCUGUGGUUCCAGAAAAGGAGAAAUGUUUAGAUUUAGCUGGCAACCCAGGGAUCCUGUUGUUUGAAAUCCUAUCAAAGCUUGUAGAGACUUCGGCCUUACCCAGAAAGGCUAUAAUGGAAAUAGUAAGCUAUUUCCAAAGAAAAUUCCAGGAAACAGGAAUGUUAUGGAAUCCCUACACCAUGGCUUAUGAAAAAAGGAGAUUUAAGCAAGACAUAAGCACCCCUCCCAGCUCAAGCACAGCUGCCUUUGCCAAUGCUGCCCAGACUGCAAUAAUGAAAGAAAAGGAUUUAUUUAAAUUUCUUGAAGAGCUCAAGAGGUGCAAUCCUCCUUCAGAUAGCCCAUAUUCAAAAAUACCCAUCUUUCCAUUGUUUCCUAAUGUGGAUGGGGUGGUGAUGGGAAAGCCAUUCAAAGACAUGCAGAAAUUAGAAAUGCUAAGGAGAAAAGAGCCUCUGAACUUCUUUGAGAACUAUUUUUUCCAUAAAAGAGACUGGAAAGCACAGGCAGCAAAUAUAAAGCCUAUUGACCCCGUCUCAGGCUGUCCUACUGACAUCCUGGCCAUUGACCAAAUGCUCAAAAAGAAGCAGAAUUGGACAGUGACUGAUGCGGCAGCUAUUAAACAGCCCGUGAAGAGAGCUAUAGAUACCUAUAACUUGGGAAUUGCCCUGGAGCACCGGAAAGACAUGCUAAACCUCUGGCAGAAGAUCCGAGGGGAUUUGAUUGGAAUAGACACUAAAAAUGAGUCCUUUUAUGAUACCUUUUCUACUUACACAUGGUCCUGGAAUGUUUGCCAAGAAUUACUUUCACCAAAGGACUUAAGGUUAUAUGAUGCCUACAUGAAUAGGCAUACCUUCCACAACUCUGUAUUCUCUUCUUCCUCGGAUAUCAGUGAAUGUGACACAGGAAGAAAACGAAAACGGAAAGGUUUCAAAGGGUUUCGACGAUGAGAUUUCUACAUUUUCUAAACACCUCACUGCAAACUACUUUUCCAUAGAUAUCAAAAUUGUGGUUUCUUGCUUUUGUCUAGUACAUUCUUAGCAGCUGGAAAUGUUGACAUCUUUUGAAUUCUGACCAGUAAAAAAGUUUAAGUCAUAAUGUGGUUUCCCUUUCCUAAUUCUUACCUAGUAAAUAGAGGUCAUGUGGUUUUUUUCCCCAGCAAACAACUGCACUCUGCUGCCCCCACCUGGCUCAAAACGGCCUGGGCACGAGGAGAAAACCUGAGAUGUGCGCUUACCUUAAGGGCCUCUGUGAGCCCUUAGGGGCUCUCCCUGUAACGUGCCUCUUAGUUUAUGACUGUAAGUGGCACUAGGUUUUUGAUUAUUUGUAAAAGAGGCCAAAGACAGCAGGUGACAAUGAUCCUUCAGUUCCAGGGAAUAAUAUCACCAUCUCCCAGGGAAUCUUGAUUAAAUUUGGGUGUUCC